UGCUGCAGGAACCAGAAGCGCCUGUUGAGUGUGGAGUCGAGGUUGUGGAUAGGAUGUGUGCUGUCUGUUCCAGCAAGCUGCGACUGUAAAACACUGCUGGAAAAGCUACUUUACUGAUAUAAAGAGAGAGUAUCAGAGGAGGCUCUGGCCUGGAGGUGCCUUAAGAAAUCUUGAACAAUGAUGGAGCGAAGAAGAGCCUUAACUAUUCCGUUUGUUGACAAGGACAAGCUGAUGGAAAACCCGCUGAGAAUACCCGUGGGCUGCCUGUCAUCCGAAGGUGGAAAGUUAGAAGGACAGGUGUCCUGGACUGCGUUUGCUGAUUGUAAAUAUAAAUCUUGUUAUUCGAGGCAUAAAAAUGGGUCCACGAUGCUUGAUUGCAGUCUUGCAGCUUCAAAAAGUCCAGAAAUACUGAGGAGGAAACCACGUCUCAUCCUAACAGAUGUUUUAAAGACAGAACCUGGCAAGGAUUACGUAGCGAGGAUAAAAAUGAGCAGCAACAUUAGACGGUUGUCCAGUCCUCGAAAGGAUGAUGGUCAGCGCAAGGAGGACGAUCUCCCCAGCAGAGAAACUUGCUCCAGUCACACGGAGGAGAGGAACAACGAGCGCAAGAAUGUCACAUCUAAAGGCAAACAGAGGACCCCCAACUCUCGAAGAUCAGCAACGAGAAAUAGAAAACAUCAGUACACCGAAGACGAGGAAAACCAGGAUAUCAAAGAGGUGAUAAUUGGCAAAAACAGUAAAGAAGAAGAUGAAGAAGAAGAAACUUUUGCUGAGGUUGUAGACUGUGGAUUGUCGCUGAGCUGGAAGCCAGGCUGUGAUGAGAAGUCUGCAGGUUUCACCAAAGAGAAGUUGACUGGAUCAGAAGAAGAUGAACAGCGUGGAUCGAAGCGUAAAAGAAAGGAUCCUGGCUUUCAGUGUAAUGGAAUGAGUAUGAGUAGCCCUAAGCGCCAGCGGGAGAGUGUGCUUCGUCAGACAGGAGAGGCUGGAAAAGAUGUAGAACGGGCCCCGAUGUCUGUUGGUCAGGAAGAAAGUGAGGAAGAUGUAGAUCUGGAGAGCUUGGACCGUUGUAUUGUACAGUUCACUGUUGGAGCAGAAGAUGGAUUGGAGCCCAUGGUCCCACUCAUCCCUCAUGUGGAGCCUGAAGGCAUCAUUAUCAGCAACAAACUGAGCUUAUCACCCAGGAAUAACAGUACAACCCAAACCAGCCCAUCUGAUCCCAUUGUGUUGUCCAGCGAUGAAGAGGAGAGCAGCGACAACCCCAAAUGUCGCAGCAAAUUGGUCCGGGAAGAUGCCUCUCUGGUCGAUAAAGUCAUAUUUAGAAAGCCCUCAAAGGAAACCUUGUUCCUACAGGAGAAAACUUCAGACACAGAGGAGGUGCAGGUGUUACAGAUGCUUGUUCAAGAGAGUCCACCUUCAGCACCAGGUUCUCCUGUCCCUGAGGUGGACUACUCCUCGUUGAGUGUGCCGUUUUUGGCCAUGUACUGCGGAUGUUACAAAAUGAGAGCAGAUGGAGGCCUCAUGAUAGCAAAAAAUAAAGUAAUCAUCCCUCUUAAAGGCACAAGUGAGCAGCUGACGGGGUUGGUAACUUUUGAACGCAAAGAGCUCAGGAGGUAUAGUGUUUGGGAUCAGCAGGAGCUGGAAGCUCAAGAUAUUCACUUUGAAGAUGACAAGGAUCCUGCACCGCCUGGUGUCCUGCUGUUUUAUGUGACCGAAACUGCUGCUGCUGCCAUACAGCAGGAGCUUUACCAGUUAUGCAUCAGUGAAGAUGGACCCAUAGAUACUGGAAAAGCCAGCCCCCUUAUCCUGCUGACUCUCAAAGAUCCUUUGGAGGGGAUGGAAGGAGCUUUACUUCGCUCUGUGUUGGACAUUGACUGCAUCAACAGAAUGACACAUGAGCACAACAUUGCAAACAAUGAUGGAGAUGGACUUCAUGGUUUAUUAGACAUUGAUACUCCGGUGCUUUCUUUGGACGAUAGCAUACAGCUGAUGAAAAGAAUUGGAGCGGACUCAAAUUUGCUCUCCAUACUUGGAAUGAAGAGCGCUGACUCUGAUUGGAGUGAAGACCAGAACGGUUCACAUUAUGAUGAAGAGGAAAUCCACACUUCCCACAUCUGGGUGGAUACUAACUUUGAGAAUGACAUGGAGGUGGAUCUUGAAAUGGCCACAGAAGAAGAAGAGACAGAAAUUGAACCAAAGGAGGAUCAGGAGGGUGACGAACCCAAGACUCCCUCUGAUAGCAUAAAGAACGAAGCCAGGCCUGUGUAUACAGUUUGCCACCGUAAAAGAAAAGCAUCCUACUCUGUGUCGCUUUGUAAACCUGACUCUAAAUGGACUAAAUUCAAGCAUCAGGGACUGACUCGAAGGUUAAUACAGUUUCCUCCACCACCGUUGAAAGGAGGAAUAACUGUAACAACUGAAGAUCUGCAGUGCCUUGAUAGUGGACAGUACCUCAACGACGUCAUCAUUGAUUUUUACCUAAAAUACCUCAUCCAGAAUGCAUCUGCUGCCAUCUCUGAGCGCUCCCACAUCUUCAGCAGCUUCUUCUACAAGCAGCUGACGCGCAGGGACAACGCCAGUGAAGGAGGCAGUAAUGACUAUUGUCAGAGACAGAGGCGGCACCAGCGAGUGAAGACAUGGACCCGACAUGUGGACAUCUUUGACAAGGACUUCCUGUUUGUGCCUGUUAAUCAAGAAGCUCAUUGGUAUUUAGUGGUGAUUUGCUUUCCUGGACUGGAUGAGCCUCAACUGGGGGACUGGGUGGGAGAGUCCCCGGAUCCAGAUGAGGCCCAGGAAUGUAAAGGUUCUACUGAUGAUGCAGAAACACUGAGACUGGACCCCAGUGACGGUCUGGACACAGGGACAGAAAACGAUCAGGAUCAAGCCAUCAAAGACCUGCCACCACCUUGUCCAGUUAGUUGCACGGAGCUGACGUGUGUGAGACGGACAGUUUGCAGAAGGCCGUGUAUUCUUAUCAUGGAUUCCCUCAAACUUUCUUCUCAUGAGCGGAUCUGCAAACUCCUACGAGAGUAUUUGCAGUCAGAAUGGGAGGUCCGUCGUGGAUUAUCAAGGGAUUUUGGUCCUGAUCAGUUGAAAAGUUCACAUUGUCAGGUUCCACUUCAGGAUAACAGCAGUGACUGUGGCCUUUAUCUUCUUCAAUACGUUGAGUGUUUUUUAAAGGACCCUGUGGUGCACUUCGAUUUACCUCUACAGCUUCGAAAAUGGUUCUCACGUCAGGUGGUUCGGAGGAAACGGGAUGAAAUCCGAAAUCUUAUCAUUAACCUGUACCGGCAUCAGAACCUGGACAGGAAAAACACAUGAAGGAGCUCUACUGCAUCACAUUCCUGCAUCCAUUGUACAUUAUAGGCUCAUACUGAGAAAAAGACACUUUAUUUCAGUGUAAACUGGAGAACGUUGCUUUGAUUAUUUCAGUGUCCCUAACAUUAACAAAACCCAUAAAGCUGUUGAGAUGAUUGGUGAGUAAUCAAAACGUCUGUACAUCCAACCAAAUGAGGCUUAAAGAUUUGUAAAACCUCACAUGUUACUUAAUUUUCUUUAUGCUGUUUAGAGAUUUCUUUUUUUUUAUACCAAAAUUUUGGAUUACAUUUUCUUUUUUCUGUCUGAUGUUGCAUCCUAACAUUGAUUUAACCUGUGAAAAUGGGACAGUAGUAAAUUGUAUCUUGCAAAGAAAAAUUUGAGCACCCGCAGUCAGUUUACAUGCUUUGCUGCCAUUAAUUAGACUUUAAAUUUAAGUUUGUUUGAGUUAAAGAUUUCCAGGUCGUUAUGAUUCUGUUCAAGUUUGCCGAGAUUUAAACCUCAGGACUUUAACAAGAAGGGAGAAACAGAGAAAAUGACUGCCCGCCGUCGCCUCUCUGCUGCAAAGCAAAACGUUCUGUACACGUCUACGGCAAGCCAGUGCGGAUCCAGCUAUAAUGAAAGGGAAAAGAUGGGAGCUGAUAACUAUUCACUCACUCGAUAUAAAUAUACCACAUUACUGCUCGGAAAAUGUCUUGAUGUUCCAUUUCUUUCAUUUGAAAAUUGCCUCUAGUUUAAUUAUUUGUACAGUAGAUUAUAUAUUUCAGUACAGAUUUUAGUAUUGGCGGAUAUUUCUUUUUCACACAAUCAUUAAAACUUUAAAAGUUUAAACUUUGUGACUUUGGCUUAGUUUGCUUGUUAGAUAAGAGCUGUUUAAAACUUAGUUCAGUUCUUUACUGCCGUUGUGUAAAUUUAUCAUCAGAAAUAAGAUUGUAGGGUUUUGUUUUCCAUUCUAGCUUGUUUGUAUUUAUUUUUGUCUUUAUAACACAGAUCAUCUUUUAUAGGUGAAUUGUUCAAGAUGAAUGUGAUCAACAUCAAGGAGAUGAUCCCAGAAUGAAAUUGGCUUCUGUUUUGCAUUAAACUUUUAGAACAAACUAAA